AUGACUUAUAUCAUACUAUAUCUAAUUGACGACCUAUAUUUUAAUAAAGUUCUCGAUGACCAGAACCCGGCCUCCAAUAAGGGUCCGGGCACUGACCAUGGUGGUCAACCACCGUUCAAAUACCCGUUUUCUUUUGCACACAAAGCCGUGUUUAGCGGUGGAUGGACUCGACAGGUGACUGUCCGCGAUCUGGCGAUAGCCAAGAAGGCCGCUGGCGUUCAAAUGAAACUGAUUCGCGGCGGCGUACGUGAGCUUCAUUGGCACGUGAGCUCUGAGUGGGCCUAUACUAUAUCAGGUCAGUGCCGGAUUACGGCCAUCGAUACACUUGGACGGGCUUUUGUCGAUGAUGUCAAAGAAGGAGAUCUCUGGUUAUUUCCCGGCGGUAUUCCCCACUCGAUUCAAGGCAUCGGUGACGACGGAUGCUUCUUCUUGUUGGUCUUCAAUGACGGAAAUUUCAAUGAAUUCGAGACUUUCCUGUUGACUGAUUGGCUGCGACACGUGCCCCGUGACAUACUGGCCAAGAACUUUCAGGUCCCAGAGUCUACAUUUGCCAAUUUGACACACGAAGAGAUGUAUAUAUUUGCCUCUCAAAUGCCGCGACCGCUAGACGUGGAGCGCAAACAGGCUUCGGCUGUUACCGGACUGGUUCCCAACCCGUUUGCCUUCUUUACUGACAAAAUGAAGCCAAAUAUUACCCGAAACGGCGGUAUUGUUAAAGUGGUCGACGCCCGCAACUUUCCCGUUACUACUAUGGCCGCCGCUAUUGUCACACUAAAACCGGGUGCUCUUCGUGAACUGCAUUGGCAUCCAAACGACGACGAGUGGAACUAUUUCCUUAAGGGUAAGGCUCGGAUGGGUGUGUUUGCUUCGGGAGGUAAGGCCAGGACUAUGAAUUUUGAAGAGGGAGACGUCGGCUAUAUUGAACAGUCGUCUCCGCAUUGGAUUGAAAAUAUAGGCACCGAUGAUGUAGUUUUCAUUGAAGUGUUUGGUGUCCCGAUGUUUGAAAGCAUUUCUUUGGCCGAAUGGAUGGCUCACACGCCGUCCCGACUCGUCGAUGAACACAUCUUUACCGGUGAAGACUUUAUAUUAGCCAUCAAUAAGACAGAGGCUGUAAUUAGACCAUAG